AUGCCUGGGUUCGGUGGUUAUAAUGGUAUCAAAGGACAGGGUAAAGUUUUUUACCCCAAGGCAUUCGUAUUUUCCUCUGCAGUGAUCGGAGAGAGAUACGGCGGCGGUGACUAUAACGAUGGCGGGGUUGCAUGGGGAAAUGGAGAGGCUCUUCAAUGGCCUCAUGCUGCGUGUAAUUCCGGUGGCAUGGCUUGUGAUACUUCCAUCCCGUUUGUGUUAACCAUCCAUGCCAAUAAUCCCUGUUACUCCAAGGCACCCAUUACUUCCGGAGUAGUAGUUCAGGUAUUUGUAAUUGAUCACCUUAUUCUUUCGUUUGAUAUGGUUAAGGAAAAGUUUUCAACUUCACCACUACCUAAAUUUGGUGGGAGUUUAGAACAAUAUUAUUUUGAACUAUUGGACUUCAAUGGAUUGCUUGGUGCUAUUUUUUACCCAAUUGAAGGAACUGACAAGUCUUUUGAUUUAUGGGUUAUGAAUGGGUUAUGGACUAAACACUUCAGUGUUGAAUUUGUUAUUGGAGUUGAGAGGCCUUUGGGGUUUUGGAAAAAUGGAAAGUUGUUUCUCGAGAGCACGAAUCAAGAACUAGCUUUAUUUGAUCACUCCAUACAAGGACUUAGAGACCUUAGUAUUCACGUUUAUCAGAAAACAAUGCACAUUAUUGCUUAUGUUGAGAACUUGGUUCUAUUGAAUGGAAGAUCAGAGCAUGAGGAAUGUAUAAAACGAUGGGCAGCCAGAGGUGAAUCAAAUUGA